GGAGCGACCGGAGCGGUGCAGCGGAGCCGCCUCUGCCCUCGCCCGGCUCCCGCUGCCGCAGCACGGGCUGCCGGCCCCAGGAGCACGGAGCACGAUCUGAUUGGUUUCUUGACACUUAACAUCUGUGGAGAAGAGGACAAUGGCAGCCAGCAAGAGCAAGAACCAGAGUUCCUUGGCCCUCCACAAAGUGAUCAUGGUUGGCAGUGGAGGCGUAGGCAAAUCUGCACUCACUCUCCAGUUUAUGUACGAUGAGUUUGUAGAAGACUAUGAACCUACUAAGGCUGACAGCUACAGAAAGAAAGUAGUUCUGGAUGGUGAAGAAGUUCAGAUAGACAUUCUGGACACAGCAGGACAAGAGGAUUAUGCAGCCAUCAGAGAUAACUACUUCCGCAGCGGGGAAGGGUUUCUUCUAGUCUUCUCAAUAACAGAGCAUGAAUCCUUUACAGCAACAGCAGAGUUCAGGGAACAGAUUCUCCGUGUGAAGGCUGAAGAGGAUAAAAUCCCUUUAUUGGUAGUAGGAAACAAGUCCGACUUGGAAGAGCGCAGACAAGUGCCUGUAGAAGAGGCUAGAAGCAAGGCAGAGGAGUGGGGUGUGCAGUACGUAGAGACCUCUGCUAAAACGAGAGCAAAUGUAGAUAAGGUAUUCUUUGAUCUAAUGAGAGAAAUCAGAGCAAAGAAAAUGUCAGAAAACAAAGACAAGAAUGGCAAGAAAAGUGGCAAGAACAAGAAAAGCUUUAAAGAAAGAUGUUGCUUACUGUGAUGCUUGGGAACUGUUAAUAUCUACAGGUGGCAUGGAUAAGAUACCACUAAGGAUAUAGGGCUGGAUUCAUGAAAGGAAGUCUGUAUUGACUCCCUUAUUUCUUGCUUUGCAUAUCACACCUUCAAAAUGUGAAAACAGAACUUGGAAGCCAUUUCUGGUAACCAACAAAACCUAUACCUACUUACAUGGAAAUGGGCUCUGUCUUSCCAGUGUCUUUCAAGGCUAGAUAUAUAUACUGAGUCUCAGAACUACAAUAAUUCUGUUUGAUUAUGCCAAGUACUUUCAUAUUAACUUCCUGCUAUAUUUUAAUGCUUUUCUGAAUGUUUUUCUCUUGAACCUCUMUUGGCCUUAACGAGCACAGCUGUUCGGGCUCAAACAGUUUUCACUGUUUUUGCCCUUUGCUACAAACUGCAGACAAUUUAGGUGACACCUGGUAAGGGUUUGAGUCUCCAUCUUCUGUUAGUGGUCACUAAUAUGUCUUAAAUCUGCAGCUUUUCUCCUCAUCCUUCACUUAAUAAAUAGCAACUGACAUUUGAGAGGCAACUCAACAUGCAAGUUAACUUAGUUCCUGUUCAGCUGAGUCAAUACAGCGUUCAUGAAUCAAGCCUAUGGACUCGAUUCAGACUUAAGUAAUGCAACAAUUGGUAUUUAAAUACUGGCUAGGUGCAUUCCUUGUUUUAUCAUUCUUAAACUAGUGCGGUGUGAGGGUGAAAAAACAACUGCAAGACUGUCUUUGAAAGGAAGUGUAUUGCCACCAUUUCCUUGAAAUGCUGUCCUGGGUUUUUCCACAUAUUGUGGCUAGAUUCACUUUAAGUCAUUCUCCAUCAAUCAUCAUUCUCCUCCCUGGUACUGGACUAGUGAAAAUGCGAGUGUUGAGAUCAUCUCUYUUGUUUAUAUUGCAAUCUUUGUGAUCAUGUCGGAGAAAUGGGAACUUGUGUGUCUCAUCUUGCUGAACACGAAUACUUGGAGGAAGAUGGGUACCAUCACACAACCACGAGCUGGAAUUGAGGCAAACAUGCUACCUCACAAUGAAUAGCUGGCUAGCGACUUGCACGGUGUCAAAAAGCAAAUGAAAUUAAGCAGUUGCCACAUCUGUUAUUUGCUGUUAACUUUGUAUGUACUGUUUCUAUGCACAGCAACCUAGCACAUUUGGAGUUUUACUGUUAGUUAUUUUAUGGUGGUCACUUGAAUUGACAGAACCAGCCUAGAAGUGGAAGAGAAAUCAGUAUUUAGCACAUCAUCUUAUCGGCUUAUUGAACUGUGUCCUGCUACAGUUGAAGUGCAGUUACUAAAAACUUCUGUUGCUAUUGCAGAAAGUAACUGCUGAUGGUGAAGUCUCUCAGUGAAUUAGGGACUUCUGUGUAGAAGAAAUGAAGAGUUUUAUAAAGAAGUAACUGUACCUUGCUUGUACCAGAUGCUUAAAAUGCAGUUACUUUGGGGAGGGAGGGGGGGAAAUGGUUUUUGUUUUGUGUUUUAAUGAGCACGCUGCAGCACGAGGUUAACAAAUACUGCUCGCUCUGGAGGUGAAGGAGUAGCAGAUACUGCUGAGUACUUAGUAGUGUAACUUAAGCUUGAGAAGAAUUUUUAACAUGUACUAGAUUGCUCUUGUGCAUUCUGCCUCUGAACUUUGGAGAGAGUAAAAUGUGUU